AGUAUAAUAGGUAAAAUUCAGCCAUGCAAGUUUAUGAGUUUACAGAAAAAUAAUUACACAUUUUAUUUUAUUUCAAAGUGUACCCUAAUUCAGAGGCGCAUUGGCCACGUCAUCAUAGGCAGCAUUCUGAUGGUGAAGUGCAAGAGGACGGAGAAAAUUUGCAUAUUCGAUUCAGCAUACAUCGCACUCCAGAUGAUGAUACCGUCCGAUGGCAGAAAGAUGGACAGGACAUACAGACUUCAGAUUCGGAGAAAUAUAUUUCUAUCAGCCACGGACAUGUUAAAGAAAAACAUAUAUAUUUGUAUGUUUUCAACACAACAAAUCUGGAUUCUGGGGUUUAUACAGCUUUUUGGAAAGAAGAAGGUGUAGAACUCAAGAAAGAUGUAUCAUGGAAAAAGGGGGACAAAACUUUGUAUCAGAGAAAGCGAGAUACAGAGAGAAAAAGGGAGGUAGUCGAGAUGUUGUUGAGACAGUAUGGUAACGACAUACGUAUACGUGUGACUACAAAUCAUCCACCGUCAGAAGUCACGUGGUUUAAACACGGAAAGACAAUUAGAUGUUCUGAUAAUCCAAACAAAUACCUCUCUGUAGUAGGAAAAGACGAAGAUGAUAAACAUUUCUUUCUUUACAUUUUGGAAUCUGAUCAGAAUGACUCUGGUUCCUACAAAGCCUCCUGGACGGAAGUCGAAGAUGGAAUCACCUUAAGGUGUGAAAGCUCCGAGGUCAAAAUUAGUUUAGAAGUUCUUAAACUCAUUGGACCAAACAUCAAAGUUGAAAAAGACAAGACCAUAUCACAAAGAGUUGACAAAAUGAAAAACAUAAUUUUCCCCAUUUUUCCCAAAGACAGAACUUACCACCUUGUGAUAACAAAGUGUGAAGCCUCUACAAAAAAUUGUACACUGGACACAUUCAGCAAUUUUGAAGAUAACGACAUCCGACGUCUUUUGCUCUUCGGUGUCCUUUUAAGUGAAGGCCAGAGGAUAAAAUGGAAAAACGAGGCUCACCUGAAAUUAUUAGAUGACAUAAAGAAGCUAAUGAAACAUAAACAACCAAUAUCAAUCCCUGAUUUUAAGGAUGCUGCUGAUAAAUUUUCUAGCUCAAGUUUACUAGUCGAUGAAGAAGGAGUAUCUUUUCUAAACGAAGAAAUAGAAUUGCAAACAAUGUGGGCUCUCAUGCAAAAUCACAAUACAAAAGGAACAAUUAUUUGGUUGUUUGACCAUGAGAAAAGAGACAUUGUUCUAAAGUAUCUGAGAACAUCUGAUUAUGAAAUACAAAAUGAUGAGACCUGCGUUGUUCUACCUAAAAUGCUUUGUGACGAGUUCAGAGAAUUUCUGAUUCAGCAAUUUAUUGAAGACUCUGGAGUAGGACAGAUGUCUGAAAAACACAGAUUAGACCUCCUGGAAAUGAAAAAAGAAGGAUAUGUAUUCAGUCAAAGACAGAGCACCCUAGCAGAGUGUGUCAUGUAUUAUACGUUUAUUGCUGGAGACAAGGCUCCUGACUGUUUAGGGAAGUAUUUCAGAACAUCGGGAUAUGAACCCCAGGAAAAGGAACUGUGCAUUUGCGUCCCACCAGAGUAUAAUGCAGAUCUAAUCAAAAGAAUGGAUAUAGAUAUUCUAACUCAUAAAACUAUGAGUGAUACAAAAAACCAUACAGACAUUAGUAACAUGUUGCAAAUUCCAGAGGAAGUGUUGUCAUGGAACCUUGAUCAAAGGCAAAGAUUCGUUAAACAUUUUAAAGACGGUAACAUUGAAAUGUACCGAGCUCGUGGAAUGAUCGUAGGAUGUGCGGGGGCAGGAAAGACAACUUUGCUCAGACGUUUACAACGCCGGGACAGAAACGACCUUCAGAGAGAAACGAAAACCACCAUAGGGCUUGAAGUUCAUGACAAUAUAUUCCUGAUAGACUCAGAUACACUUGAAGAUUACGUUCCCGACGAUGCUCAGCAUAAAAGCGACAAGGAAAGUCCUCCCGUCAAUUUGCACGUGGACAGGAAACUCCUAAGUAUGACGGACUUUGCUGGACAAGUCGCCUACUAUGCCUGUCAUCAGAUUUACCUCUCUAGAAGAGCCUUCUACAUACUGGUUGUCGACAUGUCCAAGGACUUAAGGGAUGUUGCUUACCAAAAAGAUCGCCAUGACCCGAUGGGAUCUUUAUUUGAAAACUGGACAUACGAAGAUUAUUUCGUGUUCUGGCUUCGAUCCAUUAAGACAUACUGUGACGACGAGAGGAUGGAAGAGAAAUACGGAGACAAAGCUGAGCCAAAUCCUGUCAUCCUUAUAGCCUCUCAUCACGACCGAUUAAAGCAGAGAGAGCAUAAAAAUUCUGAUGAUGAAUCAUACAAUUCAUUCUACGACAAACUCGAAAGUUGCUUGCCAAAGGAACACACGUUAAAAGACCAUAUCUCUAAUGAGCGUUAUUUCGAAAUUGAGUGUCCAGAGGGGAGUCUGCAUGAAGAGCAAGCAAAGGCAAUAGAAGACGUAAGAAAAUGCAUCGUUCAAACUGCAAAAAGUCUACCACAUUGGGGUGAAAAAAUACCAGUUCAAUGGUCAAUAUUUGAGCAUUAUGCCCGAUCAAAUAAAGAAAAGAAAAUUGUGGCUAUGGAGGAAUUAAAAUCUAUGGAUGAAUUCAAGUCAAUGGGUGAAAACGACAUUGAUGAUAUGCUUAGAUUUUACCAAGAGAUUGGACAGAUUAUAUAUUUCUCAGAUCAUGGUCUGAGAGAAAAUGUUAUACUGGAUGUUCAGUGGUUUGUUGAUGCAUUCAAAAAUAUUAUUACAGACCCAACACAUGCUCGCCCAUUCUGCAGAAAGGUAAAGGAAUGGAAUGUAUUCAUGAAAACCGGCAGAAUUUCCGAUUCGACGCUUCACAAAGUUUGGACGAAACAUAACAGUGAAUCCUAUAUUAUUCAAAGAGACAAAAUUAUGCCAUACAUGGAAAAACUUGGCAUUCUUGCAAAAAUUCGAACACAAACUGUCGAGAAAAUAGAACAUGGAAAGGUCCCAUCUGAUCAUCAAACAGAAUCAGUUUAUUAUAUUCCUAGUAUAAACAAAACCGACAUUACAGAAAUAUGCAAAGAGGUAAUUAGGAAAGGAAGCAAGACUCCUAUUUUAGUUUUUUCUUUCAAAACGUACCUCCCGCAUUUCUUCUUUUACAGACUUGUGGUUACGUGUUUUUCCAAAUGGGAGUCUUUAAGUGAUGACCUUUUCUGUAAAAAUCUUGCUUUUUAUAAAGAAAAAGGAGGGGAUCGGAACAUAGCUAUUGGUGUGAACAAAACCUCUAUUCACCUUCAAGUAUUUACGCCUGGUUGCGACAUUGAGCUUAGGGCAGACAAAACCAGGGCAAUCAGAAUGCACAUAGAAACCAUGAUUCAGCGACUUGCCACGACCUUUCAUCAGAAAGCUUUGUACGAAGUUGGUUAUGUGUGUAAGGAUAUGAGGAUUACUGAAGAGGAUGAAGAUUGUUUCCUAUUAGAGGAAGACGUUAAAGAACUUGAAACUAAUGAAAGAUUAUGCCCACGAUAUUAUGAAUUAAAUCACGGGGAACACAACAUAGUGCGCGAUAACCUAUUACACUACUGGUAUCAGGCUAGUGAUGCCACAAACGAGGAGUUACCUUGAUGCAAUUCACGUAAACAGUACCCUAAUAUCGGAAGAAGAAAUUACACUAACAUCUUCUUAAAUGUACUGGAUGAAAUAUGUAGAUAUGAAAAUAAAACUUUACAAGAGUGUUUCUUAGGAAGUAAAACUUUUUUUUUUGAUUUUUUUUUUUUAAUUUCUUCAUUAUACGUAUGACUCAGUAUUAUGUGUAUUCAAAAUCUUAAACUUGUCUUAACCUGAUAGUCAUAAUACAAAUAUUUACAUAAUUAAAUCUUUUUAUACAAAUGCAAUGUAGUUUUAGAAUAGGUCCAUCUAGUCUCAUUGAGUCCUAUAUAUUUUUUUUUGAAAAUUAUAUUCUUUAUUUAUUUAUUUUUUUCAUUUAAACAAAAUUGAAUAAAGCAAUAAUUGAUGAAUAUAGGAGAACAAAUGUUAAUAAUUAGUUUUAUUUAAAUCCAUGGUAAUACUUUUUGUUGAUAGGACAUCAUUUUUAAAUUUGAAGAGGUAUAAGUGUUUUUUAGACAUUUUUAGACAAUUUUCAUUGCACAAAGUAGAUAACUAUUUCCGAAUUGCUAGCAUAGCAUAGCACCGCAAAGCAUUGCGUGGAAUGAUUUUCUUUUUCAAAUAACACGUAUCUGUGAAAUAAUUGUGCAGUUGAUAUAUGUGUAGUUACAUAUUUUGAAAAUACUCUUUGUCUGUAUAUAUUUAGACAACAAAUUUCUAGUAAUGCAAGGUUUUGGUUCAAUUCUGCAACUGAUGACAGUUUUCAACCCUUUUUUGCUGUACUGUGAUUAGUGAUGUAUUUGUAAAGUAUAACCCUAGACAAAAAAAUUGAGUUUAGUUAUGAGAUUGAGAUAAAUAUUUUUAACAAACUUUUUAUUGCAGCAUUUCCGGUGAGAUUUGUAAAGGAUGAAUAUUGAUCUCAUUAAAAGACAUUUUGAAUCUCAAUGUAAUAAAUGGCAGCCAGUGAGAUUAAUAAAAGUAAACUGUA